CAUUGAUGUUCGUCCUUGAGGCUGAGUGUCCGCAACAACAGGCUGUGUGAAAGUCGACUCAUCUGUCCGUUGAGUUUGCAAUGGCUGUCGCGCGCUCGUCGUACGCGUUGCUCUUCGCUUCGAAACGUUGCUUGGCGAGUAGGCAUGCUUUACGAAUCUCUGCUAGUCGUAUGUCAAGUGAUAAAUCUGGGUCUGGAAGAGAUGGGGCUAUACGGGAAGCUGGUGGUGCUUUCGGUAAACGGGAGGCUGCGCAAGAAGAACAGUUUUUCCGAAAAUUGCAAGCGGAGCAGUUUUCGAAAAUGAAAGAGCGUCUGGAGGACGAAAUAGAACACCACGAAGAAGAAAUUGACCGUCAUCGAAAAGCUAUUAAGAAAAUCCUGGCCAAGAAAGCCGAUUUGGACAAGCAUUAGACGCUUUUCCAGUUGCAGUGUUCUUAUUGCGUAGUUUGAAUGCACCGUUUAUUGCCUUGUAAUGUAGAUUUAGUUUCGCUUGCUGAUCAGUUUCGACGAAGAAUCUGGGUGUGUCUGUGUUCCCUGAAUGAUGAAA